AUAGUAGCCCCCAAACCAAACCAUUGAUUCACACACUCUCCAUUUCCCUACUCCAGCAGCUUCCAAAACCCAAAACAAAAACCUCACCUCUCCGAAAAUAACACAGUAAUGAAAAUGUUGCGGUGGUCCCUUGCACGAGCUGCAGCAACCCAUUCUCACAAAAAUUACUCUUCUAAGGCCCCAAAGCCCACAACACCCUUCAAGCCCGAUCCCAAAAAAGCCGCCGCCGCCGCCGCCGCCCUAAUCGACGAACAGGAGCGUCUCCGGCAACUUGCCGCUGACGAUAACAACCCGUCUCUCGAUGUGGGGCCCAAUGGCCGCCCUCUGUUCACCUCCGCACCUUCCCUCUCCCACCUCUCCCGCAACGACGUCUGCACAUACUUCAAGCUCACGAAGGAUGCCCUGAACGCGGCUUUGCCCGAGGGGUUGCCGGUGGGUAUGGUGAACGAGUUUCAGGACUCCAUGCGAACGGCUUUGAUUGUUCGCCAGAGCUUCUUGGAUCUUCGUGAUAACUUCAGGCGCGUGAUUGAUCCACCAAUGUGGUCCUCUAAUGCCAAAGGAGUUAAAGUUAGGAAGCAAGUUCUGUUAGAUGGCCCUGUUAGCUGUGGGAAGAGCAUUGCGCUUGCGAUGCUUGUUCAGUGGGCCCGAGAAGAAGGUUGGCUGGUUCUCUAUGUUCCUAAAGGCAAGGAAUGGACUCAUGGAGGAUUCUUUUACAAGCAUCCUCUAACUGGUCUAUGGGAUACACCUGUCCAGGCUGAGAAUGUUCUCAAGGAUUUUUUGAAGUACAAUGAAUCCUACCUAAAGGAACUGCCAUGCCAAAUAUUUGAUCCAAUACCAUUAGGUGAGGGUGCUGGUGUUGGAUGGUUGAAAGAUGCUGAUUCCUUGGCAAUACCUGAAGGUACAAGUUUAUACGAGCUGGUGAAGACUGGUAUUGAGCAGACACAUGCAGCUGUUGGAGUGGUAGUUCGUUUGAGGAAAGAGUUAUCACUUGUUAAAGACUUGCCUGUUCUUAUUGCAGUAGAUCAAUAUAAUAACUGGUUUACGUUCAGUGAAUAUGAGGAGCCUGUCACAAUCCGUUCUUGCCGGCCAAUACAUGCUAGAGAGCUUACAAUGGUGAAGGCUUUUAGAUCGAUGAAGCAUGAUGAUAUGAUGGUAGGGGCCUUUUCUCAUUCAACAGCAGUAGGAAAACUUCGUAGAGACUUACCAGAUGUUCCAGUAGAUGCUCGUGUUAUGUUUCCUCGAUACAAUUUAGAUGAAGCGGAGGCUGUUUGCCAUUAUUAUUUAAGGCAAAGGCUAAUCCGUCGUGAAGCAUUCUCUGAAGAAAACUGGAAGAAAAUUUACUUCCUAUGCAAUGGAAAUGGAACAGAGAUUAGGGGUUUGGUUCCUUUCAUGCGAUGACAGACAACAGAUGCAUUAUUUUUUCACCAGUGAGAUGUGUUACGAUUGUUGUUUUUAAUAAUAUAAUGUUUCCCAUUUUCUUCAUCACAGGAUCAAAUGGAUUGCUGUUUGCACGAUCCACUUCAAUCCUUUUAAUUUUUUUUUCUAACAAUUGUUCUCAAAGGCAAUGUACUAUUAUGUAUAUUAACAUGCAUUUUACAGUUUUAGAAUCAGUAAUUAUUUCCUUGACUUUA